UCAUUUAUUCGUAACAAUGUCUAUGGUAAUACCGAUGAUGGUCGUACCGGCGCAAAAUCCUCUUUUUGUGGGUUCUGGCGGAUCAAAAAGAGAACUUAAGAACAAUAGCGACAGGAAGAUAGCAUUCAAGCUGGUUUUUCCUACCGGUUCAAAUUAUUCUGCAGCAGAAUCCUAUGGAACAAUCCCAGAGUUGGGAAAAGCUACUAUCACAUUAAUGAGAGCUAAUACAAAAUGUGCUGAGGAGAAGAUGACAGUUCAGUAUGCAGCAAUGGCUACAGGGCAAACUGAUCCGGCAGCCAGUUUUGCCUCGGGCACAGCUACUGGAGAAUUCAUUGGCGAGACCGUCGUUCGCUUAUCACCAAUAUCGUAG